UCCAGCAUAUAAAUCCUCUUUAAGGGCUUUAAUAAAAACAGCUGUAGGGGCCCAUCAGUCACAUCGCGCAUGCGCCACGGGGCUGCGCUCUGACCGUACAGCUGCUGCCCGAGUGACGUAGUUGUGACGUAACGCCGCGCUUCAAACGCAUCGCGGGAAAAAUCCGCCGAACCGAACCUUAGGAUGAGUCAGCAGUUCCACGUGCUCAGGUGUGUCACGUGUCAGAGCUUCCAGGUCCAACAGGUAAAGAAGGUGAACAGGUGGAGCUGUAAGCUGUGUGGAGAGAAGCAGUCGCUGCUGAAGGAGUUUGGGCGGGGCUCCGGGGCCGACUGCAGACGUCAUGUUCAGAAACUAAAUGCCAUGAGAGGAGCCGUGAUGGAGGAGCAGGAGCAUGACACCUGGUCGCUAUGGAACAUGUCAGAGCAGGAACCUGAGGAGCCAAGUGACGCCCAGGUGAGCCACACCCAGGCGAGCCAAGCCCAGGUGAGCCACACCCAGGUGAGCCAAGCCCAGGUGAGCCACGCCCAGGUGAGCCACACCCAGGCGAGCCAAGCCCAGGUGAGCCACACCCAGGUGAGCCACACCCAGGUGAGCCACGCCCAGGUGAGCCGCUGGAGCAAAUACCUGGACACUCCUGAGGAGACAGAGCCAGAGGAGAAUGUGUUGACGGACAGGCAGCAGCUCCAAGGCAACCCCAGGAAGAGGAUGAGGACAGACGGUAGUUCGUCACCUGAACAGGCGUCUUGCUGGAGGCGAGCUGCGUCCCUCAGUGCUGACUGUCAGGAGAGGAAGGGGGAGGAGUCUACAGUCAGUGGGCGGAGCUACAUCAGCAGAAAGGCCCCGCCUCGGGAUAAGCCCCGCCCCCAGCUUCCUGUAUCAUCCAUGUUUGAGAGCGGCAACGAUUUCACCUGCGAAGAGUUUUAACGUCUGAAGAGAUUGAAUCAGUUGGACUGUAAAUAAAGUUGUGUUGGAUUCAUUGAUGGGACACUUCAGCUUCAUUU